AUGGAUCGAAAUGAAGGCAUCAUCAGAUGGUCUCCGAACCAGUCUCGAGACGAAUUCACAACCUUCAAUCUCAACAAUAAAGUAUGCUAUCUGUUCAGAGCCACGGGACAUGCUCAACCUGGUCGCUUCGACUACAAGAGGAUCUCAAAACAUACCGAGCUUCCAGCUGUCAACACCUAUGACUGGUCACCAACGAUUGGAGGACUUGUUGCUGUUGGUACUGCCCAUGGGGAAGUCAGUCUAUUGAGAAUCGACGACAACUCAAAUGCUUGUCUCACACUCCCUCUGAAGCUACAACGACCAUGCCAAUCGGUCUCAUUCAACACCACCGGACUCCUUGCUGUUGGGCUGGAUAGGGUCAGAAACGACUCUUGCCUUCAAGUAUGGGAUGUGAACCAACGGCUCGGGGAUUGGGAUUCUCAUCAAAAAGGAUGGAAUGUCCAAAGCAUGAACAUAGAACCAAAGAAGAAGCUCGAGGGCAGCACUUCCAUAACGAGCAUACGUUUCUAUGAAGAUCAGCCACAAACCCUGAUUGCUGGGGUCAAGAAUCAAAGCGUACGAAUCCACGAUCUUCGAGACCCAAGCUCUACCGUGAUAAACUUCCAAACAAGGUGUAAUAACAACCUUGCAAUUGAUUACACAGAUCCCAAUUACUUUGCUUCAUCCAGUCUAGAUCAGCCUGGGCUAGUGGUAUGGGAUCGACGCGUGUCAGGUCGUUCGACUGUAUCACCGAUGUAUCUUGAAUCUUUUGACCAGGAAGAGAUGCCAUGGGGUGCUGUGUUGAAACUUGACCGUGCGAUCCAAGUGGAUAAAAAUACAUUUGUCAAGCAGCUUCGCUUCUCGCGCGAACAGCGCGGAGCUCUGGGAGUUUUGUCAACUGCUGGCCAGCUCCAGAUUCUUCAAACGAAAAAGGAAUAUGUGGAGCCGGGCUCGGCGAAUGACGUUCGUGAUAGCCCUGAGCUGCUUGAGAUCAAGAAGUCUUAUGACCUCGAGUACCCCUUUUUCGAGCACAAUCAUAGAAGGAAAUACGAGCAUCGAAUUGUGUCUUUUGACUGGCUAAAUCUUGGUACAUCCGAACUUCAAGGGCGCGUCAUUGCGCUUAGAGCGAAUGGGGAGUUCGAAAUCCUGCAGAUGCCGUCUUCAACAGCGAGUCAACUCUCUCAAUUGAUACCGUGGACGCCACCCCACCAUGCCGGCGACUCAUACCUUAACCUGAUGCAAUUUGCGGAUCCUAUUGAGCAAGAGAAAGUCCUUGGUCCAUUAUACGCUACCGCCGCCAAAGCUGCUACUCCCGUAUUUGGACCUGAUAAAUUUACGAAGAGAGUCACGAUAAAUUCUCUAAGCUAUGAGGUCCAGAAAAGUCUAAGCUCGACGGAUGACCCAGUCGUCGAUCUCCUGGCGCCGUCAGAUUCAGGAAUGGGCGUAUCGGCAAGUACAACCAGCGAAGCCGAGUCACUAGGGGACGACUUUACCCAGCUACAAGUAGAGCCGAAAGAGAGCAAACACCUGCCAAGCGCCGCAAAUAGGAUGCCUGAUUCUGGUACCCACAAGCCUCUUUCCUCGAGUAGAGAGUUGAAUGACCAGGCACACUAUUCAGCGCUCAGCAGAAUCCCGAUCUCCAAAUCUAGUCGGGAACAGCUUGACCAUGUCAUGCUUCUCCGUGUUAUCGAUGGCUAUCUUUUUGAUCCUAUCCUAAACCAAAAAGCCGUCGCAGAUGACAACUGGCUCCAAGAUGUAUGGAAAUGGAUCGCAGGCGCCGAGGAGGCAGCACAUGAUGACGCCAUGGUCUCGCUGCCCCUGGACCUUAGUUACCUUGGGGUACACACAGUGUGGAUGAAUAAGCUCGGUGAAAAGUCCAAGUCUCGCUUGGUCGACAGUACAGUGAUCCCUGACGGGGUACAAUGGGAGCGCCUUAUUGCAGUCAUAAACAAACGAGCUGGGCGUCCUAGUUUUGAGGGCGUCCAAACAGCAAGACCGCACCAUAGACAGCUAUGUCUAGCGAUCUGUGGUCUCCUCAGAUCUCCAGACGAGCUCGAGGAAGACUUGGUGACCUUUGAACAAUCUGGAAAACACACAACAGCCGCAGCUAUGGCACUCUUCGAAGGCAUCCCCAAACGCGCGGUUGAAAUCUUGAAACGCGGAGGCACUGAUCUCCUCUUUGUCGCCAUGGCGCUUGAUAUCAAAUUGAAAAGCCCAACUGCCCUCGAUCUUGACGGUUCCGAGUGGAGUAAGGCUCUCGAAAGCCACCCGCGGAUGGGCGAGGACCCGUAUCUCCGUGCCAUUUAUGGCUACAUUACGACCGGAGACUGGACGGCGAUUGCAGACUCGACUUCUCUUCCGCUCCGAGACCGUGUGUGGGUGGCUUUGAAAAACUUCCCCGAUCAGAAGCUCUCAGAAUGGCUUACCAAGGAGAUGGAGGAGGCCACCCGGACGGGCGACAUCGAAGGAAUCGUGCUGGCAGGUAUAACCGACAAUAUGGUAGACAUCCUUGCCAAGUACGUCGAAAAAUUCAUGGACUACCAGACACCAAUUCUCAUCAUGUCGUUCUGCUAUCCUCGCUAUAUCGACGACAUUCGUUGCGACGCCUGGCGAAGAGCAUACAUGGACUUCCUCCAACGUCACAAGCAGCAUAUUUCCCGAGUCAGGUUUCAUCAGCAGUCGACAAUAAAGAGCCGUUCUCGAGAUGGUAGGCCAGUCAUCAAGCCCGCACCUCGACAAAUCACGAUCCGCUGCCUCAAUUGUGAGACCAGCACAGCCAACGAUCUUGGAAACACCGGCAUCUUGGCCGAUCCAACUCGUCCUGUCUCAUCCUCUAAGAUGGACAAACGUAAUCCACUCACCUCGAGCGGAAUCAACGGGGGCCUCUGCUGCCCGAGAUGUGGCUCUCAUCUUCCCCGGUGUGCGAUCUGCAUGGAGUUCGUGGGCAUGCCUCGCUCAGAUCGCCCCGAGAUAUCGACGGACCAUAGUAUCAAGCGAAUGGCCAACUUUCCCACCUUCUGCCUGAAGUGUAAGCAUGUGCAACACAUGGCUCAUGCCAUCGCGUGGUUUAAGAGGCAUAACGAGUGCCCGGUGCCGGAAUGCCAGUGUCCCUGUAACGAAGUGAAAUGUGGACAGAGGGGGUGA